ACUUCCCCCCAUACUCAUACAGGCACUGCAAGAGAACAUAAGAGCCAUGAGAGGUAGAGGAACAGGAGAAGACAUAUACACCCACAUAUAGGGGAACAGUAUACUACGUACCCUACUACCUUCUUCUCUAGGACUCUCUUAUGGUCUACAAGUUACAAAGUCUCUACGUUCAUGAAUUAUAAUUUCAGCGGCAACGUUUUCGAGCAGGAGGUUGGAGGAGGAGGAGAAGAAAGAAGCUGUCCAUGGGCCAGACCAUGCGACGGGUGUCAUGCGGCGCCGAGCGUGGUGUACUGCCGCGCCGACGCCGCCUACCUGUGCGCGUCCUGUGACACGCGGGUGCACACCGCGAACCGCGUGGCCUCGCGCCAUGAGCGCGUGCGCGUCUGCGAGGCCUGCGAGCGCAUGCCCGCGGUGCUGGCAUGCCGCGCUGACGCGGCAGCGCUGUGCGCCACCUGCGACGCACAGGUGCACUCUGCAAACCCGCUCGCCGGGAGGCACCAACGCGUGCCCAUGCUUCCGCUCCCCGCCGCAGCCAUUCCGGCUGCUUCUGUGCUUGCUGAAGCAACAGCUGCCACCACCGCCCUCGGGGAAAAGGAAGAGGAUGUGGACUCCUGGCUGCUGCUCAGCAAGGAUUCCGACAAUAACAAUUGCAGUAGCAACAACAACAACAAUAACAACAUCAGCAGCAACAACAAUAUGUUCUUUGCUGAGGUGGAUGAAUACUUUGAUCUUGUCGGGUACAAUUCGUACUGUGACAACCACAUAAAAAACCCAGAGCAGUACGGAAUGCAAGAGCAGCAGGAGCAAGAGCAGCAGGAGCAGCUUAUGCAAAAAGAAUUUGGAGAGAAGGAGGGAAGCGAGUGCGUGGUACCUUCACAAGUUUCGAUGGCGAACGAGCAGCAGCAGAGUUGCUAUGGAGUUGUAGGGGCAGAGCAGGCUGCUUCCAUGACUGCCGGGGUCAGUGCUUACACCGAUUCCAUCAGCAACAGCAUAUCUUUCUCAUCAAUGGAGGUGGGUAUAGUACCAGACAACAUGGCAACAGACAUGACAAACCCCAGCAUCCUGACACCUGCUGGAGCCAUCAAUCUGUUCUCAGGCUCUUCACUUCAGAUGCCACUUCACUUCAGCACCAUGGACCGAGAGACCAGGGUCCUCAGGUACAGGGCGAAGAAGAAGAAUAGAAAAUUUGAGAAGACCAUAAGAUAUGCGACAAGGAAGACAUAUGCAGAAGCACGGCCAAGGAUCAAGGGCCGCUUCGCCAAAAGAUCAGAUAUGGAAGUCGAAGUGGACCAGAUGUUUUCAACUGCAGCUCUAUCUGAUGGUAGCUACGGUACUGUUCCAUGGUUCUGAAGGAACAUGAUGAGACGUUAGCUUUUAGGCAUAUGUAUUUACCAGAGUGAUAAGGUCCAGUGGAAGUAGUUCUAGGAAAUCGAUGCUUUGAAUAAUAUUGUAUCGUUUAAAACUUAAUUGAUCAAGUAUCUUAGCAUUUAACUU